GCUGGGGCCGGGGGCGGCCGGGACCCGGGCUCGUGUGAUGGGAGGGGGCGGGAGGUCCGCCUUGACGAAACCCUCCCUCCUGGGCGCCCCCAUGCCUCCCCUGUUCUCCCUCGGGCGCUGCCCCCUCUGGGCCUCAGUUUCCCCACCCGUGAAAUGGACUUCAGGAUGGCAGCCACCUCCCAGAGAGUUAGUGGUGAAUAUAGGAGCUGGCAGGAACUGGCAAAUUCCGAGCGGUCCACGAGCAGGAGCUGGGGGACUCAAGAGAUCCUGGCCGCAGAAGAAGAAGUGGCCCAGAGCCUUCUGGAUGCGAAGGAGCGGGCGCACCAGGGGGGCGCCGAGUUGCAGCAGCUCGAAGCUGAGCUCCGGAAGGCCGGCGAGGAGGACACCCGUCUGAAGGCCAGCCUCCUUCAGCUCACCACAGAGCUGGAGGAGCUCAAGGAGACCGAGGCCAGUCUCGAGAGGCAGGAGAGGGAAGUUGACGAAGACACGACUGUCACCAUCCCUUCGGCCGUGUAUGUGGCUCAGCUUUAUCGCCAGAUUAGUAAAAUUGAGUGGGACUAUGAGUGUGAGCCAGGGAUGGUCAAAGGCAUUCAUCACGGCCCCAGCGUCGCCCAGCCUGUCCAGCUGGACAGCACCCAGCUCUCCAAGAAGUUCAUCAGCGACUAUCUCUGGAACUUGGUAGACACGGACUGGUAGCCCGGAGCCUCAAGGACGCGUCCGCACACGGCACGAGUCAGUGUGGUGGGUGGUCGGUGCCUCAGCGGGGAGAGGAGCUGAAAAUUAAAUGUUUCUCCAGAGA